AAGCGAACGCGGAUUUGCGGCUACUAGUCAUUAAGUUGUCGUCAACAGCAUGCAGAGAACUAUAUCGAUUUGUGUUCUUAUCGCCUUCAGUGGGGCCAUAAUAAUGGCAGAAGGAAAACCUGUUCUAAUUAAGGUUUUCGCUCCAGGCGGUGGCUACUCCAGUGGCAGUUACCAGAGUACAGUGUCACCUGCCACCAGCCAGCUCAUCUCCAGCCUUAUCUCUUCAAAAAUUCAACUGUUGAACAACGUGCUGCGGGCCAAAUCUUCUUCCGGGGGCUUGCGUAUUGGUUUCAAUAAGUCUGUGAAUUUCUUCGGCCCCACAAGCGCCACAAGCACCACCGAAAAGCCCGUGACACACCAUACCACCGAGGUAAACACAGACUUUGCUCCGGAAGAAUCUAGUAGGACUACUCAACUUCUUUACUCGACAACAACAGAAGGUAUUGUCGAAACGCCAAACCAGACUAUACAUCCCGAGCUACCAGCCAGUACCACUUCAGCGAUCACAAUAGAGAGCACCACAUCGGUAACACCACUCAUCUCGACGACAGCAAUUUCUGGAUACUCCUAUCGCACUCCCACUAACCAUCCAUUAAUUCGGUGAAAACCCAUUUCUUGCCAACUCAAAAACCGUCGUCCUAGCAAUGUUCGGAAAUGAGUAAACUUAUUUAAUUAACUAA